AUGAUCUUGCCUGGACAACGUGAGAUGCCGUACAAAUGGGCUGCGUACUUGCUGUUUCACAUGCAUUUUGCGCAAAUUUUUCAUACAGCUUCCAUUUUUCUAACACUCUCACUAGCUAUUUGGAGAUAUGUCGCCAUAAAAUAUUCGGAUAAAAACCACAUUCUUUGCACGGAGAAACGCUGUAGCGCGGCCAUACUAAGUAGCUUUGUUCUCCCACCAAUACUUUGUGUUCCUACUUUUCUGGUAUUUGAUAUCCACACGGCCGUAGUUUUGGAACCAAGCGGACCUAUGAUUUUAUAUCACGUUGAUUCGGACUACGAAGGUCAAUUAUAUCAAAUAAAUUUUUGGGUACACGCAGUUGUCAUUAAAUUACUACCUUGUUGUAUAUUAACGGUAAUUAGUUUGUGGUUGAUACGAGAAGUAUACAACGCAAAUGAACAUCAAAGGAAAAUUCGAGGCUAUAUCUCAUGUUCGACAAAUAAUAAGACGGGAAAACGUCAAAACAAAGCAGACAAAAGAGCGAAUAGAACUACUAAAAUGCUGGUAGCAGUAUUGUUCUUGUUCUUGGCAACGGAGUUACCACAAGGAAUCCUUGGACUUUUAAGCGGCCUACUGGGUCGAUGCUUUUUCAAAGGAUGCUACGAUCUCUUUGGAGAGUUGAUGGAUGCAUUGGCUCUGCUGAAUGGAGCUAUAAACUUCAUACUAUAUUGCUCCAUGUCAAGACAGUUCCGCAUGACGUUCCGCCAAUUAAUGUGGCGAGCUCAUAUUCAUAAAUGGCCACCACCUCCAGUUUCACAUUCAGAUGGUUUAAAUACGCUGAAAACAUCGGUUCCGUGA